CUGUCUAAGACACAACAACACCUUCAAAAAAAUCAUCAUUAAUAUCGACUUGUGUAUUGUGUAGUAUAUGAGUUUCGCGCGGACAUAGAAAACUUGUUUACGCACCCACACUUUAAAGGGGGCACCUGAACCGAACGUCAGGUCGUAAAUUUACUUUGGCACGCCGUUUAGAGAGAAUAUAACGAAAGAGAGUGUUUAUUCGACGUGGUGGUUUCUUCAUGGAAUUGCUAUCCGCAGUUUUCUUCGUGAAGUUUUCGAGUUAAAAUUAUCUCGAAAUAUAUUACAAAUUAGAAACAAUAAAGUGUCUAUAAGUGGUUCAAAACUUUAUCAUUUGGAGAAAGGGUUAAAAAAGAAGGGGUUAAGAAAAAUUGGAAAGAAUGGAUGAGGAAAUUUAUUGCAAAGUUGAGAAAAGUCAACAACAAAUUUCUGUUACCCCUUUUUCUAUUAAAGAUAUUUUAAACAGUUCUAAGAAAAAUGAGCAAGAUUUGGAUUAUGUGGAAGGGCAAGAAAAGGCUAUUGAUAUGUCGAAGAAUACCAAAAGGAUUGGCACUCCAGACGAUUUACCUGGGUAUUCUGGCUCCUCUUACGACACCGACUACUCGAGGAACGUCCAAUCGGACGAAUCAGAGAGAGAUCCAAGCCAAUCCGGACGCAAGAAGAGGUCGCGAGCUGCUUUUACCCACGCUCAGGUGUUCGAAUUAGAACGUAGAUUCAGCCAACAACGGUACUUAAGCGGACCAGAAAGGGCGGACUUGGCUCAAGCUUUAAAACUGACCGAGACACAAGUGAAGAUUUGGUAUCAAAAUCGACGGUACAAAACCAAAAGGAAACAAAUGCAAAUGCAAGAAUCAACAUUAUUGAGUCAAAACGCGAGAAAAGUUGCAGUUAAAGUUCUAGUGAAAGAUGAUAUGCCUAUGUUGUAUCAAAAACACCCGCAAGGAUUUUAUAACGAUCCUAAAGAAUUUUUUGUUUACGAUCAAUUCAGUAAAAGUGUGGCGCAAAAAUAUGUGGCGAAUAAAAGUUUGCAAGAAUCGAUGCUUAAUUUGUGUCAACAAUACAAUAAUUCAAUGCAAUUAUUUCCUUAUUUUAAUUAUUACCAUCCUGGCAUUGUUACGACGAGUAUGGUUCAUCCGGAUGAUGAGAUUAACAUUGAACAACAAAGAGAACAAAAUUAGUUUUAAUUAAUUUUAUUAAGUAAAGUUAAAGAUAUUCUUGUUAAUGUAUAUAGCUUUCUAACUUUAUGUACCUCCUUAGAAAUAAAAUCAAUUUGAGAAACAAAUCAAAAAUAAACAAUACAAUACGGUUUUUGUUCUUGAUACAAUAUUAAAGUCACUUUUACUUUAUAUUUAAUGCAAUCGUUGUGUUGUUAGAAAAUUUACUUGAAGAAAAUCAAAAUUUUUCUUUUAAUAGUUUUAAUGCAAAAAAAUCAAAAAUAAAUUCUCUAACAACUUGUUAUACAUCUCAACAAUCUCAUUAAUCACGUGUAGAUAAAGUUUAAAGUACACCUGUAGAGAUCGGUAGGCCACAAAUCGCGUACGAUGUAUGUUUUUCCUUUAGUGUAAUAUAGUGUAUAUAAGUAGUACGUAAGCACCCUAUUUAAAUAUUUAUGCACAUAAAUAAAA